AUAAGAUAGGUCCUCAAUGGUUGGUGUAGAUGCAAUUGUGGGCCAUAUAAAUACUGAACCAGAAGUUGAUGGUUCAGUGUGAGUUCUGGUGGUGAACAUGCGUGCUGCUUUGGUUCUGAUUCUUGCGGUGGCCGCCGUGGCGGCGAUGCCCCGCGAUGGCCCGCAGAAGAUCGUGGGCGGGUCGGUGACAACCAUCAACACCUACCCAUUCGGCGUGGCCAUGCUGGCUGGCUCCGGCUCCUGGUUCAGUCAGUCCUGCGGUGGCACCAUCAUCAACAACAGAUCCGUGCUCUCAGCUGCUCACUGCUUCGUACGUUUGUCUGCCGCCGGCAACUGGCGCAGCCGUGUGGGCUCCACCUGGGCCAACAGCGGCGGGUCUGUCUUCAACACCGCCUCCAUCAUCCGCCACCCCCAGUACAACCAAAACACUGAGGACAACGACUUCGCUAUCGUCCGCAUCUCCGGAACCUUCAGCUGGUCCUCCACCGUAGCUGCUGCUAGUAUUGCUGGUGCCAACUAUAACCUUGGUGAUAACCAGGUCGUCUGGGCCAUCGGAUGGGGUACUACCUCUUGGGGAGGUCAGGCCUCGGAGCAGCUGCGCCAUGUGCAAGUAUGGACCAUUAACCAGAACGUGUGCGCCAACCGGUACGCGUCCAUCGGCGCGCCCAUCACCGCCAACAUGUUGUGCUCAGGAUGGCUGGACGUAGGCGGUCGCGACCAGUGCCAGGGUGACUCUGGCGGUCCUCUUCUCCACAACAGGGUCGUCGUCGGCGUCUGCUCCUGGGGCCACCAGUGCGCCCACUCCUUCUUCCCCGGCGUCAACGCCCGCGUCUCCCGCGCAUCCGCCUGGAUUACCGCCAACGCCUAAAUGUUUUAUCAGGUCCUGCUCUAGUAAGAAUUUAGCGGCAGUGAAGCUUCAUGUUACUUCAAUAAAUGUUUAGCCAUAA